AUGUCUUCAGCAACGAGUUCACCUUCUUCUGCCAACUCGCCCACAAGCGUUACCUCUAAUAUACUCACUCCAACGCGAAAGGUCCGGAACUUACUUGCCCAGUUUGACGAUUCGGAUUCUGAUACAACUACUCCCACCCGUGGUCAGGUACUCCAGAAAAGUUCCGCUCCGCGUGGUUCUACCGGAGCAGACAAAGAAGAGCUACAACAUGUGAUAGAAGAUUCUGAUGAUGAUGAUGACAUCUCUGCGCCCCGUCGACCCCCGGCCACACGCGACAGUAAACCCGAACCGACUGCUCGUUCUCAGCACGUCCUUGAGCAAGCUAGCCCUCGAAAUGUCUCCCACCUAGAUCCCAACCAGCAAGACAGUAUUUUCGACGAUUCGGAAGAGGAUGACAUCUUCGCAGCACGGCAGACUUCCAACACCAAUACCAACCUACAAAGAUCCCCUUCUCCUCUGUUCUUUCCUUCUCCCAAAGAGCAGAAGUCGAAAUUUCUUGCCCUCGUCGAGAAGCACAGAAAGCAACGGCUUGAAAAGGAAGCAGAAGAGGCAGCCAGACAAGCAGCUCGCGCUGAAAGCCUGAGCGCCCAGGAAGCAGCACAACGCCGGAUCCGAGGAUCCAGCCCCGCAGAUGACACAGAUGAGGAGAGCGAUGCCUCCGAGGGAGCUGGAGGGAAGAAGCUGUCCAAGCACGCUCGUCCAACACGAAAAGCUAGCAAGAAGGCCAUCGAAGAGAUGAAGCGUGAGACACAGAGGCUCAGUCGAAAUAUGCAACUCGCACAUCAAGCGCGGACGAAGAAAAAAAUAACCAAGGACAGCUUGUUAGCUCGUUUCAACUAUCCGACCGCCAGAUCUGCACUCGAGCGAGACAACGAGCACUAUCCUACCAGCAGCUCCAGAGCGGCAUCGGAUAAUGAAGUUGACAACGUCCAUGAGACACCUCCUACCAGCCCAAUCACUGGAGAAGGGGUUGACGCCCAGAAGGAGGCUGGUAUUUCAGAAGCAAACAAGGGUAAAGGGAGGGCUCCUUCCAUCGAGCCCGUGGAGCAAGAAGUAUACUCCGUUCCAUUGAUAGUCCUUAACGUCGACACCAUGGACGAACAACCACUGAAACCUACAGCCAAGCCAAUGGACAGGCCAGUUCGAUCGGAGCUUCCACUGGCCACAACAACUAUAUCGGAUUGCGACGACUCUGAUUCCGAUCUCGAAGUCGUUGUGUCACGUGGCGACAUGCGCAAAUAUGCGGCAUUCGAGCAUUUGCCGGCGCGAAAAGCCAAGGAGGCUCCGUCGCAUCUGGCAUUGCGUUCGCUCGCAAAUCUCAUUGGUGACGAUGUCAAGCAUUCCAUGACCGCGGCUGAAAUGGAUGCGUCGUUACGAAGGGCAGCUCGGAUCCAGGCACGACAAGAAAGAGAUCAGAGGAUUGAAGAAUUAAAAGCCAAAGGAGUGAUGGUGCAGACAGCAGAGGAGAGAGAGCGGGAACAACAGGAAGUGGAGGAUCUUUUGGAGCGAGCGCGACAAGAAGCUGUCGAGAUUCAGAAACGCGAAAAGGCUCUUGCUAAGAAGGAGGGUACUUACAACAAGGAUAACUUGGACGACGAAGAUGAAAGUGACGAUGAAGAUUUUGCUGAAGACGAGGAUGUUGACCUGGAUGUGGACUCUGGAGAGGAAGAUGGAAGUGAUCCAGAACAAGACGGUGACGAUGAGGAGGAAGAGGAGGAGAUUGAGAAUGAGGAAGAACACGAAGAAGCUCUGGGCGAUAUCUUCGACAAUCAAGCUGACGAACAGGAUUCCGCGGAAUCUUCGUCCUCAGAAGUCGAUGCUGUUGACGACAACAAGCAUUUGGAUGUUGGGGCCGAGGAAGUCGAUGCGGAUCACAGGCCACGAAGAAGCCGAGCAACCCGCAUCGUCAGUGAUGACGAGGAUGAAGAAGUCGUACCUGCAACGCUGCGAUCACCACAGCUUCCUGCGCCUGCAAAGACACCCUCAUCCAUAUCUCGUUCAGCGAGAAAGCAGAUCCCUGGCCUGCAAAUGUCUGACGAUCUUCCAAUCGGGUUAACGCAGGCAUUUGCUGCGACAAUGGCAGAUUCGCAGAGUCAGACUCAGGCGAAUUCGCAAGAGCAAGACAGUCUCACCAUGACCGCGGACCUGCCAUCGCCUAACAUCGCAAUGGUGCCGAAACUGUACCGCUUGGAUUCGGUAGACAUGAUCAGCGACAGUCAGCCAGCUUCUCAGACGCAACCGCUCGAUAUCAGCCUGUCGUUUCCCGAGUCUCAAAUAGUCACACAAUCCCCAGCCAAUCAUUCGGCUCUUCAAGGGCUGGAUGUUACUCCUUCACAGGCACAUUUCGAACCAACACAGGAUGCAGGAUACGAAUUGAGUCCGUUUCGGGGAAACCGCUUUGCCACCGACACUCCUCUACACCCAGCACCGCACUCGACGCUAGAUACGGUCAUCUUCCCCAAUGAUGUGCAAGACAGUCCCAUCAUGCAGAGAAAGGCCCGGCUCAUGCGGGGGCGCGUCAAUGUCGAUGAGUCGGAUGAGGAGUCCACAGAGGUGAGGGAUCCAUCGGCUUUUGACGUUAUGCAAAGGGCAGCCAAAAAGAGGUCUCACGAAGCGUUUGACAAAAACAAAUCACGCGCACGAGAGGCGGUUGACGACGCAGCAGAAGAAUCCGAAGAUGAGUAUGCUGGCCUUGGGGGAGCCAGUGAUGAUGAGGUGAAUGAGGAAGAAAACGAAGAUGACCGCAAAAUGAUUGAUGAAGAUACGGAGGUCGGCGUUGGCGAGGCAGCCAAACUGGCCAAGCUCUUUGCAGAUCGUGAACGUCAACAAGACGAAGCAGCUGUUUCCAAGUUGCUGAAGGACAUCACGACAGGUGCACUGAGGCGGAAGCGUGGUAACGACGACCUCGACCUCUCGGACGAGGAAGAUGCUGUAGUUAGAAGAAGAGAGGCCAAGAGAAGAGAAUUCGCCAAAAUGCGUCGAGAACUACUGAAGGACGAAGCUGUUGGCAAGAUUGCGGAAGAUAAGAAGAAGGAAGCUUUCCUACGGAGCAUCGAGGAUCGGCCCGACAGCGAUGGAGAAGAUGACUUCCUUCCCAUGGAAACGCCUGGUGAGGGUGAUUCCCAGGUAAAAGACAGUCAAGAGUCGCAGCAGGACAGUGAUGCUAAGGGACGGCCGUCUGAUCUCCCAGUGAAUGGUGGUGCCCAACCCCUCACGGUUACGCCCGUGUCAAAGUUGAAUCAGGCUGGACGAUCAAGGGGAAACACGAAUCUUCACAACAGAAGGCCGGCCACACUAGCCGAGAUUCGAGAAUCUGUAUCAUUCCUGAUCGAGGAGCCAGAUUCGCAGGCAGGGAUCAUCGAUCUGGGCCUAUCAGACUCAGAAGAUGAGCCUGAGGUGUACGUGGAUCUCGAUCGACAUGUGCACUCCGCUGACGCAGAUGAGAAUGCCGAUGAUGGGGACGAUCUUGGUGAUUUCAUUGUCGAUGACGAAGGACAUGGCACCGCUGAGGAGACCUUCAAGAAGCCUGCUUUACCUGGCUGUGAAAGUCGAGCUCCAUUCUCGGAACGACGGACUAAAGAAAGGACAAAUGUUGUCAACCGGCUGAGCAUGCUCCGUCAAGCAUCGAGCUCCUCCAGUUCUUCGGGCAGUACCAAGAUGGCGUUCUUCGGCGCAAGCAGUUCAAUCAGUGGCUCCUUCAAGGUUCCCAGCCUCCUGCGGCGUGCAACGACGAACUCGAGCUUAGGAAGCAUGGCUGGCCGCGACGAGAAUGUGUCUGCCACCGGGGUGGUCACGAGCAAGACUGAGCGAGGCAGGGCCAGUGAAGAGAAGGAGUUUAUCAGGAAAGGCACUGGGAGUCGACGGAACGCCGUCAAUUACAGACCGACGGUGCGCGAGGAAAAGAUGAGCCAGCGAGCGGGUGUUGCAAAGAAGAAGGCGGCCAAGGCCAAAAAGGGGGGGUUCUUGGGAGGCCUUUUCAGUCGAGAUAGUUGGGCUUGA